CACAAAGAGGAAGAUUGGCAACAGAUGUAAGCUCAGGGCUAAUCUUCCUCACACACACAAAAAUAGUUAUCUUUAGAUAGAGUUCUGAAUUUGGUAUACUCCAUGUUGAAGAAUUAAUUUCUUCUAGAACCCAAUAGUUAUCAAUGAAUGUGGCAUUACCAGAAGUUUCAAUAUCAAAUAAUCUCUUUUUCAUAAUUUGUCUUUAGAGUAGUACAAACCAUACAAACAAUCACAAAGUUUUUUCUUUCUAAGAGUUCUUAGCUCUAAAGAUAAAUUAUGGCUUGAUGACUAGAUAUUCUUUCUUUUCUCAGCCAAUUUUGAAGCUCAGAACAGUUAUAAGUACAGUACAUAUGUACUGUAUAUAUAAUUUAAAGAAUAUACAGAAAAAAUUGUUUUAAUUCUGAUUCAGAGUGGAAAAUCUUAAGAGAAUUUCCACCCAUCAAGAAUUUGGCACUUUCCAGAGUCAAAAGAAACUUUUAUGUAAGGUAAAUAUUUGUUUUAAGUGUGCUGCUGUAUGUUUUUCAAGCUUAUGCCACAGUUUUUGUUUCAAUGAUUAUCCUUCGCAUAAUUAAACUUGUAUAUACAUUUUUAUGUGAAUAUUUUGAAAAGUGUAAAUAUUAAGUUUUGGUGUGUGAAGAGCUAUCGGAACUCUUCUUACUUCUCUCCAAUUCUAUAAUUGUCAUUACUUUUCUAAUGGGAAUUUCUUGGGGGAAUUUCAGAUUAAUUAAACCACAGCAUUAACUCCAGGCAAAGCUGGGGUGGAGACAGAUUUAUCUUUACUGUCUCCUGAUACUUUUAAAAAUAUUUUUAUGGUUUCGAUAUCUUUCCAAUGAGCUCAAAGUGUUCCUACUGAUUUGAUCUUGCUGGUCAAGAAAAGGUCAUCCGCCAAACUAAUUUACUCUAGAGAAUUUAAUGAACAAAAUAUUCUUCCCAAGCAUUGUAUUUCAAGACAGAGUAAGAUAAUGUUUCUUAAUAUAGUGGAGAAAGCGUGUGUUUGGGUUUUACACAAGCCCAUUUCAUAAUGAGAUCUUUAUCGUUGCGAUCCUGAACAAGUUAUUGCUUUAAGCCUCAGUUCUUAUUUAUAAAUCACCAUACGAUUUGGGGGAGUAUUAACAGGAAUAUAGUCAUUCAUCUAUUCCUCAGGAACUGUGCUAGGUUUUGCAGAUUCUAUAGAACAAAAGGCCAUUUUCACAUAGAGUUCAUAAUCUAACAAAGAAGAUAGGUAUUCACUACAGAUUUACAUAAAGUAGUGCUCAAAUUACACUAAUGUUCUUUUAUAGAAAGUGUAUAUUAAGUCAUGUACACAUUUAAUAAGAGGCCACAACCUUAACCAGAGGUUGCAGAAGGUGUUUAUAAUGAGUUUAAAAAAAUAUGUAAAACCUCUAAGUCAAGUGGGUGGUUCAACUAAGAUGUAUGUCUCAAAUGGUAGAAUUCUAGACUCUGUGUUACCUGCAUGGGAGAGAUAUUUACGAACGGGUAGAUAUUCACUCUUACUCCAUUGCUAAUAAUGUUCUCCACCAUACAAGUAGAUUUCUGAUGCUGGUCUCUGAGAACUUAGGUAGUUUUCUUAUUUUCUGAACAGAACUCAGUCAUUUUUUACAUUUUGAACAGUGUCUGAAAGACACACACAGUAGUACAGGAACCAGAGUCAUUGAUUAAUUGAGAACACCGGUUAAAAAGGGGAUUUUUUUAAUGACAUAUUCUCCCAAAUAUAUUAAUUAACACCAAAUUAUAAUUGUGUACUUACUUUUCAAUCUUUUGAAGUAAGGCCAAGGUAUUUUCUUUAAUAUGGGCUUGCUGAUUAGGGUCUUAUCCUCUUUUUUAAUUCCUUGCGUAAAUGGUACCUGGUUUGCAUUUUAUAUACCACAUUUCCAUUUUCAGGGUUUUUAAAGCAUAACAAUACUUAGAUUCUUGAAAAGCAAUAAUCUGAGUACAGUUUUUUUAAUAUAUUUUCAUGAGUUUCUCAAACUUCUACAGUUAUCUUACUUUAGUUUGGAUAACAUUUUGCUUGACAACUCACCUCUGUUAUGUCUAUCCAAACAUUCAUAGAUUUCAUAGGCCCAAUUCUAUAUUUUGGCAUAAGUAUUUCAACAAUUUAUGUAUUUUUUCAAUAUUAUGUUAGGUAAUCACAAUAACAAGCUACACCGCAAUAAACAGGUUUGGAGACAAAUACAGCUGACUGACUCAUGGUACCAAAAUAAAAGUGUUUCGAAUGGCAGGAGCAGAGUUGUGCAGGCAUCCUGUAGCCUACUGACAAUAUGCUUGGAGGGCACCAAGGUGGCAGUCAAUACAAGCAAAAUACUUUUCCAUUCUAAAUUAGGAUAAUUUCAGAACUUAAACUUUUACUACCUAUGAAGACAAUUUUACCAAGGCCCAUUAAAAUAAUUUUCCUUAAAUUCCCUUUAAUAUUCUCAUAUUCUAAAUGUCUUUACCUUUUAUGAAAAUCUCUCAAGACACUCAUAAAUUGCCAAAAAAACCAGAGUAAUGACCAAAUUAAAGGCAGGAGAUCUGGACCCCUCCCUCCACAUUAUAUUAGGAUUCUAUACAGAAUAUCAACAUAGACAGAUGGAUAGAUGACAGAUAGAUAGAUAGGUAGGUGUAUUCGCACAUAUAGAUGUUAUUUAAAGGUCGGUUUUUAAUGAAGUUUACUUUUAAAUACUUCAUUUUUAUUAGUUUGUUAUUUUUGAUAACUCUACAAUUAACAUAUUCACUUAUGUAAGAUUUAGGAGUAAGUUACUGCAAAGCUUAUUUUAAAGCUAAAGUAACUUAAAUUAGGAAUCAUGAUUUUAACAAGAAAAAUUCACUAAGGAAUUAUAAAAAUCAAAUGAGGAUAUAUUUAAAAUGUUUAGUUUUAGUACCUCAUAAAUAAUUUCCCUUGAUAAACACUAAUUACCUUGCCUCUGCCUUGGAUGUUCCCAAAGCUACAGUUUAAAUGAUGAGUCAGUGUGCAUUUCACUGAUCACGUCCCAACUGCAUGAGACAGUAUACUAAAUAUUUGCACCAGAUGAGAUUCUAGACUAUGAUGAGUUAGCCUCCCACGGGUCACACAACUCUGCCUUGCAGAGUUUUCUGUCUUCAAAUGCUAGAGUCAAUAUGGUGUACUCACUAAACAGAACUCUGUUCAAAGGCAUUGAAGCAAAAUAGAGCAUUUUUUUAAUUUAAAAAAAUAUUACGGCACUGUUAUUUAUUUGAUUUGAUAUGCUGAAUAAAAUCAAGCUGCCUUCAGGAGAAUGAAGAAAUGUUACAAAAUACAGGACAGGUUAUUUUCUGGUAUUUCAGAGGACAGAUCAAAGGCUGAUGUAGUCAAGAGCAACAUACAUUUGCUGUCCUUGGCAAUAAUUCCCUGUGGAAUUGGAAUUGAUUUGAUGUUGUCUAAAAACGAUAGUAGCAAAGAAAAAUGGAAAAAAGAAUUUUCAGCGUUAUAAAAUGAUACUCUAAAUAAUCAAGAUUUAUAUUGUAAAAAAAGUUCUAUGAAUGAGAAAAAAAACGAGUUAAGAUAUACACUUAAAUAAAACAACAUAAUACAACUUAACAGUUUAUUUUUGUGACUUUAGUGAAGCCAAAAUUACUUUAUAAAUUUUUGUUCCACUUAUUGAAUCUUUGUUGAAAACCUACUAUGUGCCAGGCCCUUUGAUUUUUGUUAUAUCCAAUACACUGCUCAGGGAAAUACAUCACUAAAACAGCUCGUGUCUACUUUUGGACUGUAGUAGUAGUCUAAAGGAGACUUUGGACAUAUCAGAGGCCUGAGGAUUUUUCCAGGUGUGAGGUGACAUCAUCUGCAGCAAUCUUAGCAUCACUUCUGUUUAUGCAUAUGGUCAGAGGAGGGGAGUAUAAUUGACUUAAGGAAAUCCCAUUAAGAAAGGGAAAGAGAUCCCCUCUGAUUAUUGGGUGCAGCUUUGUGAGAGAUCAGCUGGUUGUUUUUGACUCAGAGACGCUCCUUGCUCUUGAGCAUGCAGUAUCCUACAUCCUUCUCCUGAAAAGUCAGAGGAUGUCAAUCCAUGGCAUGCUGUGGGAACUCAGGGAAAAAAAAAUCUACCCCUCUAACUUCAACUGCCUUUUAUUUCAGAAUCCCCAAAAGUCUAACCUGCAUGUCCACUGACAUAAAUAGGCAAAGAUUUAAUUGUGCAAACAGGCCAUUAAUAUCAAAUAUAAUGAGAAUUGUUAAGCAGAUGUCAUUAAUAUUCACAUAAAAGUUUCUGAAAUCAUAAAUUCUGACGUCCUAUAGAAAAUCACAUUGCCAUAAACUACAGGAGUCAGAAUCAAGAGCCUCGUUGGAGAUUAUAAAAGAUGGAGAAGUGAUACUAGGACUAUUGGUAAACCUGCACUUACUAAUUUUCCUUUUAGGGCAGGAGUGCUCAAAUUAUGUUUUGCAGUUUUUAAAGAAUGUUCAUAUGUGUAUCAGUUAGGAUUAUACUCAAACUUAACGAAUAAAAAACCUACCACAAUUGCUUAAAGAAAUAGUUGAGUUGUCCCAUUCAACAGGAAGUCCAGCAGCAGUUAUCAAUGACUAUCGUCAGUCUUCUUGCUUUGCCAUCUUGUGGCAGCACAUGCCUUUGGUGUACCACACUUCUGAUUUCAUCCACAGCUAUGGUAGAGAGUCUGUCAGCUCAGACAAGCUAUUUACCUUUCAACAUUUUUGCUUGUCCAAUACUGAGCACAUCUUAAUCCUCCUGCAGGCACAUAGACCUGGAAGAGCAGUGGAGGGGCGGGAGGAUUAAGCUCAUAAAACCAACUUCAACUAAUGGGAGAUGGGCUUCUUGUUCUUUAAACCCUGGGUCUACAAACUUUUUCAGUUAACAGACAGUUAGCAAAUAUUUUAGCCUUUGCUGGCUUACAGUCUUUGUUGUGAUUACUCAAUAAUACCACUGCAGUGCAAAAACAGCCAUACACAAUACACAAAUGAAUGAAUGUGGCUUUGUUCCAAUAAAACUUAAUGCUUUAUCUACAAAAACAGGCCAUUGGCUAAAUGUGGCCAAUGGGUAGGGUUGCCAUAUUUAUAUAUAAAAAUGCAGGACACUUACUUACAUUGGAAUUUCAGAUAAAUAGCAAUUAAUUUUUUUUUAGCAUAAGUGUGUCCUAAUUGGUUAUUUGUUAUUUAUAUGAAGAUCAAAGUUAACUGAGUAUCUUGUAUUUUAUUUUGCAACCUUACCCACAGAUUGUAGUUUGACAGUGUCUGCUUCACAGAGAUUUUUUAGGAAGGAAUUCAGCAUCACCUCAGGACUCCUGGAAGAAUUAACUCUGUUAGUUAUAGUACCAAUGCUAAUAAAUACACCUUAGUAUUGAUUUUUUUUCUUUUCCUUUCUUUCUCUCCAAGCUCCCUCACAUUUGCUUUUUAGAUUCACCUCCUCAGUAAACUAUUGUAGCCCCCUGCUAUACACUGAAGUCUGUCCUCCCCUAAAGUGUGGAAGCCUCCACCCCUAAUGUGAUGGUAUUUGUAGGUAGGACCUUUAACGGGGUAUUUAAGGUUAAAUGAGGCUACAAGGGUGAGGCCCUAAUCCCUAAGGUUAUUUUCCAUAUGAGAAGAGACAUUAGAGAUCUCACUCUACCUCAAUUCUUGUACACAGGAAGAAAACCCAUGUGAAGACUUGGUGAGAAGUCACCAGAAACUAAACCUGAUGGUACCUUGAUUUGACCUUCUAGCCUCCAGACAUACUACUCUCCAGAAUGUUGAGAUUGCCAGAGGAGUGACCUCUGAAAAAGGAAACUAUUGCUCUACCUAAAUUCAAACGACAUCCUUUGCUGUGCCAUAGCACAUGGAUUUCAGGACUGCCUGUGAGGAGACAAAGACAGGGAUUUGUUUGCUGCAGGAUGGUAAUCAGGAACCUUUCAAAGUCCGGCUGCACCUAGCCAGAGAUAUUCUGAUGAUCCAGGAACAGGAUGUGAUAUGUGUGUCUGGUGAGCCUUUCUAUUCUGGUGAAAGAACGGUGACCAUUAGAAGACAAACUAUAGGAGGAUUUGGAUUAAGCAUUAAGGGGGGAGCAGAACAUAACAUUCCAGUUGUUAUUUCAAAAAUCUCCAAGGAACAAAGAGCGGAACUUUCAGGGUUACUCUUUAUUGGGGAUGCAAUUCUACAGAUAAAUGGAAUUAAUGUGAGAAAAUGCAGACAUGAAGAAGUGGUUCAGGUUCUUCGAAAUGCUGGAGAAGAAGUUACCCUAACAGUGUCAUUUUUAAAAAGAGCACCUGCUUUCCUCAAACUCCCACUGAAUGAAGAUUGUGCAUGUGCGCCAAGUGACCAGAGCAGCGGGACAUCUUCUCCUCUGUGUGACAGUGGCUUACAUCUCAACUACCAUCCCAAUAAUACAGACACAUUAUCAUGUUCUUCAUGGCCCACCUCUCCAGGCUUGAGAUGGGAAAAGCGAUGGUGUGAUCUUAGACUGAUCCCUCUACUUCAUUCACGUUUCUCUCAGUAUGUGCCUGGGACAGAUUUGAGUCGGCAGAAUGCUUUUCAAGUCAUUGCUGUGGAUGGGGUCUGCAGUGGGAUUAUUCAGUGCCUCUCUGCUGAAGACUGUAUUGACUGGCUACAAGCAAUAGCAACUAAUAUUUCAAACCUCACAAAGCACAACAUCAAAAAGAUCAACAGAAAUUUUCCUGUAAACCAGCAGAUUGUCUACAUGGGGUGGUGUGAAGCACGGGAGCAGGACCCCCUUCAAGAUCGCGUGUACUCACCAACAUUUCUAGCCCUGAGGGGUUCAUGUCUUUACAAGUUUCUGGCACCUCCAGUGACAACAUGGGACUGGACCCGAGCAGAGAAAACAUUUUCAGUUUAUGAGAUUAUGUGCAAGAUUCUCAAGGACAGUGACCUGCUGGACCGGCGGAAACACUGCUUCAUCGUGCAGUCUGAAUCUGGGGAGGAUCUCUACUUCUCUGUGGAGUUAGAUUGUGACCUCGCCCAAUGGGAAAGAGCCUUCCAAACAGCAACCUUUCUAGAAGUGGAACGGAUACAGUGCAAGACAUAUGCAUGUGUGCUGGAAAGUCAUCUAAUGGGACUUACGAUUGACUUUAGUACGGGAUUUAUCUGCUUUGAUGCUGCAACAAAGGCUGUACUUUGGAGGUAUAAGUUUUCUCAGCUGAAAGGUUCUUCAGAUGAUGGCAAAAGCAAAAUCAAAUUUUUGUUUCAGAACCCAGAUACUAAACAGAUUGAAGCAAAGGAGCUGGAAUUUUCAAAUCUAUUUGCUGUUCUUCACUGCAUUCAUUCAUUCUUUGCUGCCAAGGUAGCUUGUUUGGACCCUCUCUUUUUAGGCAGUCAAGCUACUGCUUCUGCUACUGCCAGCUCUACUACUACAAGCAAAGCAAAGUAUAUGACUUGACAUACUUAGUUUUGCAUUGCCACUUACCAUGACUAUGUAAGCAGAAUAAAUCUAUUAAUCAUUUUAGACACUGAAAGAAACCAUGAUGUCACCAAGUCAACAGUGAAGUCAAAUUGAAAUUUCAGCAGAAAAAAAGAGUCAUUAGGGAUCUCCAAAACAUGUAUUUUUUGGAAGGCAUCUGUGAAUAAUCCUAAAUGAACAAAACAACCUCUUCUCACUCAGUUGAUUUGUACCAGUAUACUGCUUUUAUCAAAAAUGGAAAGAAAAGAAUGAUGUAAAGUAUGUAAAUAAUAUAAAAAAUCUUAAGCUACCUAUAAAUAAAAAUAGCAAUUAAAUGGUUAUUUCUGUAUUUUAGAUUAUUUUGUAUGACAAAUACAUAUUGGGCCAGAUCAUGAACUAAUGCCCUAUCAUUGUAUUAUGAGUAAAUAAAGGGGACAAAAAAAAUAUGGCAGCAAGGAGACUAGGAUGAAAAAAAUCUCAUCAAAGAAGAAAGCAGUUUAAUUUGCUGAUGUAGAUUUUUGUCUUGUAUUCUCAUUCCAUCAUUUGACACUGGCACUUCAAUUUUGUUUACUUUAUUGUAAAAUAUUCCUAAGAAUUGCCAAAGGAUAAUUACAUUGACCUAUGAGACACAAUGUGUGAAAUGGGCUAUUUCUCCCUUGGAUCAUGGAUACUAAAUGUUUUAUUAGCUUCCAGUGUCAAACACAUAUGCCAAAAUUUGUUAAUUUAAUUAUGAAUGAUGGAAACAUUUGUGAACCUCUUGUUCUUCCCUUCAUUUAAGGAGAUUUAUAUUUUACCUAAUGGUAUUUAUUAUGAAACUAAAGUUUCAUAAAUUUUAGGUGACCCCCAAAAACUUUUAUAGAGAAAAUUAUAUCAACAAAUUUGGUGUGAGAAACAAUUCUUUGUAAUCCUAACCCUACUAGUUAAUCGUGGACUGAAAUGUCCCUAGAAAGCAGUCUCAAAGCUAUUAUUUAUCGGUAAACGGCAUUUGUCCAUUUUGUAAUAUUUUUUGAGAAAAUAAGGUGAGAUCUGAAAAUAAAAUUUAAAAUUUGUAUCUUACCAUGUCAUAGAAAGUGAUUACAUAAUGCCAAACUACAUGGGUUAUUUAGGUAUCGUCUCUUAGGAAGAUAAAUGUGAAGAGGCUGGAAAUUUGAAAGCACCUUGUGCACACGAUUUAGAUCCAGAUAUUGCACAACUAUUUGUGUAACGUGGAAACGUUCUCUGUCCUUCACUGAAGCUGUCCUGAGGUCUGCUUUUAAACAAUCAGAUGCUUAUUAAAAAAGAAAAGAUUAUUUUUUAUUAACACACGUUUUCCCAACUGAAUCAAACAUUAGAUAUUUCUUGUGAAAAUGAUCCAGUAUCUAAUAAAGUGGUUUGAUUUUCUUUUUUUAAAAAGAAAAAAAAGUCACUCAAGAAGGAAACAAAAUUAUUUGUGGAAACAACGCAUGACCAUUAUAAGUUAAGAAAUUAACAUCAAACUAUUUCCAUAAUUAUUAUAAAUUAUUAAUUCACUUUACACCUGGUUAAUUAUUAAACACAUUAAUUUGAAAAGAAAGAGUGAAGACUCAUAAUUGUACUUGGGCAAGUGUUAAGUUGAAUCUAGGACAUCUUAUUAAAAGAACUAUGGCAAAUUGGAAACAAUACAGUUUUAAUCUAAUUUAUUCUGACCACAAAACUAAAUACAUAUCCAAAAUUAAGACAACACUGUGGGAUUUUUGCUAUGCAUUAGUUAAACACAAUAUUCUAAAAUUAGAAGCCCACCAAAAGUAGGCGUGGGUAGGCCACUUUUGAACUUAUGGAGAAAGAGUAGAUUUAAGUAUCUACUUUAAGAUUCUUAGCAGUAGUAGCCAGUUCAUUAUAGAAUCUCUGCUACUAACCAGAGUUGUAUCUCGUGUACCCUGCAUUGGGGUAACAUCGAUGUGUCCACAGUGCAAUAAUCUGGUCUACGGGCAACACUUUACAUAAGUGUAAUGUAAUCAUUAAAAAAUUAGUCAGAUUUUGUAAAAGCUCCAUUUAAAAAAUACAAAAGGCAAUAUAAUUAAAUAUCCCUUUUGUUAUAUUGUAAUCUUCUAUGUGCUCAUGUGUAUGAUAAAAGAAAAGGUGUACAAUGAGAUACAUAUGGGUAUAUAUCUCUUUGUACAACACGCACACAUAUACACAUAUAUAUACAUAUGUAUAUAUAUAAUAAAUGCUAAAAAAAUUAUAUUAGAAAAAUAUUUCAAAUACAUAUACUUAAUACUUUAAAUUUACAUUGUAAAUUGUAAUUGAAUCAAAAUUUAUGAUAAUAUCAUUAUUGUGUUUAUUUUUGAUACUAUUGAUAAAAAAACAACAGGCCUAACUUGCUACUUAACAUGAUUAGUGGAGCAGUCACCUAUUAGAAAAAUAUUAUUCUCAUUUUCAUCAGUUAGCCAUCAGUAUUUAACAUUUUCUUUUACAGUGCAAUGCUUAGCCAUUACCACUUGUUAUAACUUGGACUACUUGAAUGAGAAAGUUUAGAAAUGAACAAAAAUACUCAGAUAAAUCUCUAUUUCUCAUGUAAUUUACAUUUAGAUGCAUGAGAUUUAUUCAUCAAAUUCUACUUUGUACUAGAGCACAUUUUAAAAGCAGAACGCUUAAUUAUGUGUUAACCCCUCCAGUGCCUUGGUCUAUGUAUGUAUGUAUGUAUGUAUGUAUAUGUGUGUGUGUACACAUAUUAUAAUGUAUACAUACACACACUUUAAAAGCUUCAUUAUAGUGUACAUAGUGCAAGCUCAAAGGGAUUAUAUUAUAGGUACUUAGGUCAGAGAAGGGAGUUCAAACAUCAUUUGAAAUCUUUGCUAACUACUAUAAUAAUGUAUUUUGCCUGAUAAAGAAUAGCAAUUUAUUUAAGCUGAAGUCUAUUAAAGCAGUGGCAUUUUUAAUUUGUUAUAGUGCAACAAGAAUUUAUUUCAAAAAUACUUUAAUAGAUAAUGUAAGUGUAAUAGGCACCCCAACAUUUACCAUUCAACACUAUUUUAAAAGGAUAAUAAUCAGCUGGCCAUUUCUUGCCCAUUUUUUAGGCACAUCCCAAUUUAUAGUUUUAAAACUUUUGCUCACAAAACUGUCACUCAGCAAGAAAAAAAGGAAUUACUUGAAGAUAAAUGUCAAAUCCAUAUUACUUAUGUAAACAGAGACAUUUUCCUUUGAGUGCAUUAGUUUAUAGAUGAAUAUUUCUCUCAUUUACAAUGACAAAUCUUGUUCAUAAACUUUGUCUACAUUGAAUGCUGGAUUUCAGAAAAGCUUGAUUUAUUAUUUUGGAAGAGUAAUAAUCCUAAAAAUUAUUUAGAAUUACUGCUAGAAAUCAGCAGUAUGGAGAAGCUUUAAGAGCGCAAGGAAAUCUUAUACUUAACUUAUUAAGGUAAGUGUAGGUAUUUUGAGAUUAAUAACAAACAUUUUGCCACUCACUACUGCUAUACUCAUGAGCUUUCCUUAAGCAUUUGCUUUAUUCAGACCUCUAAAAUUCUUGUUUAUGAUUUAUUCUUAUUCCUUGAUACUUUAAAAUCAUAAUUCACUUAUUUGCAUAUUUAAAGUUGCUUUUCAAUA